CUGGUGAUCUAUAUAAGAGCUAAUGUUAGCUAUAGCUUUAUAGAAUUCUAAGACUAUAUAAUAACUGAGGAUAAAUAUAUUAAAACGUGUACAAGAAGAAAGAUGGAAAGAUUUUUUAUUGCAGCAAUUAUGCUGGUUGUAUACGCAUCAACUACAUACGCUUACCGUUAUGUUGGAUGUUACGAAGACAAAAGCAAUAGAAUAUUGGGAGGAAAUUUUUCCUCAGAUGCCAGCAUGACGGUGGAAAAAUGCGUACAAACUUGCAGUUACGAGGGCGUCAACUUCGGUGGUGUUGAGUAUGCUAGCCAAUGUUUCUGUGGUGAACGACUAAAAAGAGGUUACACAAAACAUCCAGACAGUGCAUGUUCUACUAACUGUGCAGGAGAUUCCAGCCAAAAGUGUGGUGGAUUUUGGAAGAUAUCCGUGUAUGCAACAAACAACUAUAUUGGAUGUUUCGUUGAUAACCCAGGCAGAAUUCUUGAAGGUCCAAGCACCAGUAGUAGCCAAAUGACGACUGAGACCUGCCUCAAGUUCUGCAAGGACGCUGGGAAAAGAUUUGCUUUAACACAGUACUCCAGUCAAUGUUUUUGUGGAAAUAACAUCAGCGACUACCAGCAGAAAGAUGACAGCGAAUGCAGUUAUAACUGUGCCGGGGCAAACAGUGAAAAAUGUGGAGGCUUUUGGAGGGGGUCAUUGUACGUUGUGUAAUGAACGGUAAGUGUUCUUAAGAACA